UGCUAUCUAACGAGGCAGUGCGGACCACCCGAUUUUGCUCCAGCAAGGGAUUGUGACAGAUAGUGUUUCCUUGUGUGGUGUUAGAGUCGGAUUGUAAUGGAAGGUGUUUCAAGCAAUAUUGAGCAGCCAGUAGUCAGAGGACAAGAAGGUGAGCCUGUAUCAUUAGAUGCUCUGACCAAUGCAAUAAAUGUGGCCGUAGCAGGGGCUUUAACGCAAGCGAUUGGAGGUAUCCAUAGUUAUGUUGAUAAUCAACUUGAAUCGCAAAAGAAGGCAAACGAAAAGGCUACUUUUGACAUACAAAAGCUCAAAGCAAAGAAAAUACAGUUCAGGUUCAAGGGGAAUGAGGAGCAGGUAAACUUUAAUUGCUCCAUUUUAGAUCAAUUACAGGAAGUCAAGAAAUCACUUCCUUUGGGGAGCAGUGCUGCUCCAAUACUUGACAAAGCUGAAGAAGAUCUAAGGCAAAGAAACAAGUUGGUGAAGCUUGCAGAUAAGUCUGAAGCGGGGUGGUUGGCGGUUGAUGAGUAUCUGGCGGAUGAUUUAGCAGAGGAUAGUGAAGAUGAUAAAAAGAUCCGUUCUGCCCAAGCCAGGGCAGCAGCCAGGAAGAAGAAGACCGGUCUCAAAUCUGUUCCUAAACCCAAGCCUUAUCAGGCGAGGAGACCUAUGGCUUCUCCUGCCAAUCCGGCUUAUAUGCCCAGUUAUGCUUAUAAUUUUCGUGGCCCAAUCCGCCAUAAUACCCCUUACACGAGACCAUUCAAUCCCACCUAUCAGUCAGGCCCCAAGUCAUCUGAUUUCUGCUUCGCAUGUGGGAAGACGGGUCAUUAGAGACGAAAUUGCCCUGGUUAUAGCCCCAAGUUGUCGAAAGACGGUCAGUAAUGGAAUUAACGUUGGAGAGCAGAAUAAAGAACCCCGAGAUUUUCGUAAGAUGAGACAUGCUGGCCCUAGUGUAUCAGCCUCGGAUAUUCCCAAUUUUCCUACCACAAAUCUAAUUAGUACGGAUGCAGACGCGAU